AUGAGCUUGAAGGGGUACUCGAAUGAGGUCUGCUGCAACAUGUUUCAGGAGACACUCUCCGGGGAGGCUCUAAGUUGGUUCUACGAGCUGCCGGCCGGCUCGGUGGGAUCUUUCAAAGAGCUUAAAGAUAAAUUUGUAGCUCGUUUCAUUCUGGGUACUGACGGGUUCCACACACCUACGAGGUUAUUAAAGAUACAGCAAGAAGAAAGUGAAACAUUGAAAUCUUUCGUCAACAGGUGGCAGUCAGCUACAGCUAAGUGUCGGGACCUCAACAAAGAGCUAGCAGAGAUGGCGUUCAGGCAGAGCUGCAGGCCCGGGAGCUUCCUUUAUGAGAUCAAUCAUCAUCCUCCUGCAAGCUACGAUGAACUAAUGGUCACUGCGAUAAGACAUGCCCAGACGGAGUUCGAAAUAUACGGCAACAUCAGCUAG